AUGGAGGACGGGAAGCCCGUUUGGGCUCCACACCCAACUGAUGGGUUUCAGAUGGGCAUGAUUGUGGACAUUGGUACUGACUACUUAACUAUUGAACCUUUGAAUCAGAAAGGCAAGACUUUCCAAGCUGCUAUCAAUCAAGUGUUUCCUGCUGAAGAGGACAGCAAAAAAGAUGUGGAAGAUAACUGUUCCCUUAUGUAUUUAAAUGAAGCCACUCUCCUUCACAAUAUCAAAGUUCGGUACAGUAAGGACAGAAUUUAUACGUAUGUAGCCAACAUUCUUAUUGCAGUGAAUCCAUAUUUUGAUAUACCUAAGUUCUAUUCUUCGGAUGCUAUUAAAAAGUACCAGGGUAGAUCACUUGGGACAUUGCCACCCCAUGUCUUUGCCAUUGCUGAUAAAGCGUACCGUGAUAUGAAAGUACUCAAGAUGAGUCAGUCCAUCAUAGUUUCUGGAGAAUCAGGAGCUGGCAAGACAGAAAACACUAAAUUUGUUUUGAGAUACUUGACUGAGUCCUAUGGUACUGGCCAAGAUAUUGAUGAUAGAAUUGUAGAAGCAAAUCCAUUACUGGAAGCCUUUGGAAAUGCAAAGACUAUUCGCAACAACAAUAGCAGUCGUUUUGGGAAAUUUGUGGAAAUUCACUUCAAUGAAAAGAACUCAGUUGUUGGUGGAUUUGUAUCACACUAUCUGCUGGAGAAAUCUAGGAUCUGUGUACAAGGCAAAGAAGAGAGGAAUUACCAUAUCUUUUACAGGCUUUGUGCUGGUGCUCCAGAAGACAUUAGGGAAAAACUGUAUCUAAGCUCUCCUGACAGCUUCAGGUAUUUAAAUCGAGGCUGUACGAGGUACUUUGCUACCAAAGAAACAGACAAGCAGAUUUUGCAAAAUCGCAAGAGUCCUGAGUAUCUUAAGGCAGGUUCCUUGAAGGAUCCGCUCUUAGACGAUCAUGGAGACUUCAACAGAAUGUGCACAGCAAUGAAGAAGAUUGGACUGGAUGAUGCAGAAAAACUGGACCUUUUUCGAGUAGUGGCUGGUGUCCUUCACCUUGGAAAUAUCGAUUUUGAGGAAGCUGGGAGCACUUCAGGGGGCUGCACGCUGAAGGCGCGGAGCCAGCCGGCGCUGGAGUGCUGCGCGGCGCUGCUGGGGCUGGACGAGGAGGACCUGCGCGUCAGCCUGACCACGCGCGUCAUGCUCACCACGGCAGGGGGCGCCAAAGGAACGGUCAUCAAGGUUCCCUUGAAGGUGGAACAAGCAAACAAUGCUCGCGAUGCCUUGGCUAAAACGGUGUAUAGUCAUCUCUUUGACCAUGUGGUGAACAGAGUGAACCAGUGUUUUCCAUUUGAGACUUCUUCUUUCUUCAUUGGAGUUCUAGAUAUAGCUGGUUUUGAAUACUUUGAACACAACAGUUUUGAACAAUUUUGUAUCAACUAUUGUAAUGAAAAACUGCAGCAAUUUUUUAAUGAAAGGAUUCUGAAAGAGGAACAAGAACUUUACCAAAAAGAAGGCCUGGGUGUUAAUGAAGUACGCUAUGUAGAUAAUCAGGACUGUAUAGAUUUGAUUGAAGCAAAAUUAGUAGGCGUGCUGGAUAUUUUGGAUGAAGAAAAUCGUCUUCCUCAACCAAGUGACCAGCAUUUUACUUCAGUUGUGCACCAAAAACACAAGGACCAUUUCAGACUCUCCAUCCCUAGAAAGUCUAAACUGGCUGUUCACAGAAAUAUCAGAGAUGACGAAGGCUUUAUUAUCCGGCAUUUUGCAGGAGCAGUAUGCUACGAGACGACACAAUUUGUGGAAAAAAAUAAUGAUGCUUUGCACAUGUCACUUGAAUCUCUUAUAUGUGAAUCCAAGGACAAGUUUGUUCGACAGCUGUUUGAAUCUAACACUAACAACAACAGGGAUCCCAAGCAAAAAGCUGGGAAACUUAGUUUCAUUAGUGUGGGAAACAAAUUCAAGACUCAGUUAAAUUUGCUUCUUGAGAAGCUUCACAGUACUGGAUCUAGCUUUAUUCGCUGCAUCAAACCUAAUUUAAAGAUGACAAGUCACCAUUUUGAAGGAGGACAGAUCCUCUCUCAGCUUCAGUGUUCAGGAAUGGUGUCUGUUCUGGAUUUGAUGCAAGGCGGUUUCCCUUCACGAGCUUCAUUUCAUGAACUAUAUAAUAUGUACAAGAAAUAUUUGCCUGAAAAACUGGCGCGACUGGAUCCCAGACUCUUUUGCAAGGCACUAUUUAAAGCUUUGGGACUGAAUGAAAUUGAUUACAAAUUUGGGUUAACCAAGGUGUUUUUUAGACCUGGCAAGUUUGCAGAGUUCGAUCAGAUAAUGAAGUCUGAUCCGGAUCACUUGGCAGAGCUAGUUAAACGAGUGAAUCACUGGCUCAUCUGCAGUCGUUGGAAAAAAGUUCAGUGGUGUUCUCUCUCAGUGAUUAAAUUGAAAAAUAAGAUAAAAUACCGAGCUAGUGCCUGCAUCAAAAUACAGAAGACUAUUCGUAUGUGGCUUUGCAAGAGAAAACACAAACCACGCAUUGACGGUCUGAUAAAGGUGCGUACACUGAAAAAGAGACUUGAUAAGUUUAAUGAAGUAGUCAGCGCUCUGAAGGAGGGGAAGGCAGAGACAAGCAAGCAGAUCAAGGAGCUGGAGUAUUCAAUUGAUGCCUCAAUGACUAAAAUUAAGACCACAAUGAUGACUAGAGAACAGAUAAUGAAAGAAUACGAUGCUUUAGUUAGAAGCUCAGAGCAGCUUCUGAGUGCACUGCAAAAGAAAAAACAGCAAGAGGAAGAAGCGGAGAGGCUACGACGCAUCCAGGAGGAAAUGGAAAAAGAAAGAAAAAGACGUGAAGAGGAAGAGCAACGCCGAAGGAAGGAAGAAGAAGAAAGACGUCUGAAAUCUGAGAUUGAGGCAAAGAGAAAACAGGAAGAGGAAGAAAGGAAAAAGAGGGAAGAGGAAGAAAAACGUAUUCAGGCUGAAAUUGAGGCUCAGCUAGCUAGAGAACGAGAAGAGGAAACCCAGCAGCAAGCAGUUCUUGAACAGGAGCGUCGUGAUCGUGAGCUUGCAAUGAGAAUUGCCCAAACUGGGGCAGAACUAAGCACUGAAGAGACAAAGCUUGAUGUAGGAUUGUGCAGAGCCAAUGGAACAAAGCUGCAAAUGACUGCGGAACAAAUGGCCAAAGAAAUGUCAGAAAUGUUGUCUAGAGGUCCUGCAGUUCAAGCUACAAAAGCUGCUGCUGGUAGUAAGAAGCAUGACCUGAGUAAAUGGAAAUACGCAGAGCUUCGUGAUACCAUCAACACAUCUUGUGAUAUUGAACUACUGGCAGCUUGCAGAGAGGAGUUUCACAGAAGGCUAAAGGUAUAUCAUGCUUGGAAAUCCAAGAACAAGAAACGCAAUGCGGAAACAGAACAGCGUGCUCCCAAAUCAGUCACAGACUAUGAUUUUGCACCAUUUUUGAACAACUCAACUCAACAGAACCCAGCAGCUCAGCUACCAAUGAGGCAACAGGAGAUUGAAAUAAAUAGACAGCAGCGUUACUUCCGCAUUCCCUUCAUCCGUCCCAUGGACCAAUAUAAAGAUCCCCAGAACAAGAAGAAGGGUUGGUGGUAUGCACAUUUUGAUGGGCCAUGGAUUGCUCGACAAAUGGAACUUCAUCCUGACAAGGCACCCAUUCUCCUUGUAGCUGGUAAGGAUGAUAUGGAUAUGUGUGAGCUUAAUCUUGAAGAGACUGGCUUAACUCGAAAGCGAGGUGCUGAGAUUUUGCCGAGACAGUUUGAAGAAAUUUGGGAGCGCUGUGGAGGUAUCCAGUAUCUUCAAAAUGCAAUUGAAAGCAGACAAGCUCGUCCUACGUAUGCUACAGCUAUGCUGCAGAACCUGUUGAAAUAAACGGUCAUUUUUGCACAGCAGCAUUUGAGAUGAGAACCCUUGCCCAUGAUACAAAGGGAAGAGCUCCUCUGUGCAACAGAGGACGUAAAUGUUCUAUAAUCAUAUUAGAGAUGUUUAAUAUAAAGUGAACAGAUUUUAUUAAUCAUGUGGUUUGUUAAUUUGUACUCUAUUAUGUUUAAUUUGUGUAGUCAGCUUUACUAGAAGAAAAGACCCUGAAGAAUUUUCAGUCAGUGUAGGUUGUAGCAUUUUGUUUAUACGCUGCAUUUUUCUUAGCAGUUUCUGUUACAGCGCUUAACACUUAAAUAAUCUGUCAGUAGUUGGGUACAUAGUACAAAGAACAGCAUUGCGACGACCUUUUUAUAAAAUUCCCUCUUCAAAAUACUAAAUAGCGGGCUUUAAGUGGUGGCCUAGUAAAGAAUAAUAUGCUGUAUCUCAUAACUGGAAUUGUGGGGCCUUAGCUUUGACUUCUGUUCUGGAGAAGUUGGAGUGUACUUUUAUAUAAUCUGAGAUAUUUUAUGUUCCGAUUUGAAAAGUGGUUAGUGUCUGUAUUUACUAACUUUUUCUGAACGUGAUGGGAAAUCCUUCUAUACUUGAGACUCAUAACUCCCUACUUAAUGCAUUCCCUGUUUUGGUUUAAGAGGAACAUUUUUCUGUACAUUCUGAGAAGAGUAUUCAUGUAUGUCAAUAUUGUGUGACAUUGCACACAAAGAAUGUACUGCACAUUAUGGCUUACACCACUUCUCUCUGUUUCUUUUCCUUUUUUUUUUUUUAAAGUACAAAUCUCCUUAUUUUUUUGACCAAAUUUCCGUUAGGAAAAUUUGUCCAUUCUUGGACAAUUCAGCUAUCUUGUAGUAUAAUUUAAAUAUAGCAUGCAAAAUUGUCCAGGACUUGUAUCUGGAGGCAGAUAAGGAUAGCAUAAGGGAAACCUGGUCGGCUUCUAGAUGGUAAUGUAACUUAACUGAACAUUGAGACCUGUUUAUUUUAAUUGUAAUGAGAUGCACAAAGGCUGUACCUUUGGUUAGGUUGUGUAAAAAUCUGGCCAAUAAUAUAAUGCAUCAUCUACGUACUGAUGAAUUAGCUACAAUUUUUAGUAUACUAGAAUAUUGUAGUCAUACGGACACUGAUCUUUAUCUUGAUCUCCUUUGUCAGUGUCCUAGCUUUAACAGUUCCUUAAUUAAGCAGUGAGAGAUUUUGUGGAUAGGAAUUACUAAUUUCAUUCAGUUUUAAGAUGGAUCCUGCUUACUUAGGUGAUUGGUUCACCACGCUGGCCAUUAUUUCAACAAAUUAGGCUUAAUUAUGUAUUAUCUCUCUGUUAAGAAUUGGAAAUAUAAGUAACUUGAUGUCCCAUUACUUAUUCAACCUGAUUCAAAAAUGAAGUCUUGCUGCACAAAUUGACAGCUUGCUCACACUAGAAAAUAAUUUCCUUUCAGUUUACUGUGUUUGAAACCUUUUGGAAAAUCUUAAUCCACUUUAGUUUAUAAGUACAUAAAUACGUCAUUAAUAACUUCCAAGAGGUACAGUUGUGUAGCACAAAUAGAGAAAGCUCAUGAUGCAUAUGUCCUCGCUGACCAUAAAUUGUGCUUGCAUGCCUAUGUCUAAUUAUUAUUAUAAAUGCACUCCUUACUGUAAUACAUGUGAAGAGAGUAAGACAUUAACUCUGUAUGAGUCAGAAAACGUCAACUUCCACUGCAUACCCAUUCUGCUUUUUGAUCAUGUGAUUGCAAACUGGCAGACGUGUUUUCAUUUUGCUCAAAAUGCCCUCUUCACUGAAGCAGUAAAGUUUGGCUGUUGCAUCACACUGCUGACUAGCAAGUUGUGUGCAGACCUAUACAAUGUUGCAUGACUUUAAAGGUGCUUCUUAUGAAGUUAAAUACAAUAUUGAAUUGGAAUGAAGGUUUCAGAACUUCCAGUCUCCAAAAACUUAGAACUUCAAAAGCUUUGACCGUAUAUUUGACACAAGGAAAAGAAAAUUACUGAAUUGAUAGGGCUGAGAAGCCUUAUCUUAUAUUUAUUUCUAUCUGGAUUUAAAUUCUUGACUUGCCACGUUCAGGCUCAGCUUAAAUACAUAAAUCAGAUCUCAGUGAGACUGAACACGUAAGCAAAGAACCUCAGUACUUAAGUGUGUGUGUGUACGUGUGUGUAUGUAUAUACAUAUAUAUAUACUUAAAUGCUUAAGUAUGUAUGUGUGUAUGUAUAUAUAUAUCUGUAAACAUAACUGUGGGGAGCUCUAAAUAAAAUUGUUAACUUAA